UAUAUAAAAUUCGUUGUACCAUCUAAAUUAACAAAAAUAUAUAUUUAUUCCAUGAAAUAAAACUGUAUAUAUUUUAUAUUUUAUUUCAGCUUCAAAAAGAUGCCCAGAUCUGACCUGAUUGGCUACUUACUGGCUGUGGGAAAGGUUUUCGUGCUGCUCGUGUAUUUACGCCGAGCCUGCUGUCAGAGUCUGCCCACGCGAGACGAGGACAACUUCCGCUUCCAAAUUCGCCGAGAUAUAUUUUACGACAAUAACAUUUUACCGGACGGCCAACAAAUGACGGUUUAUCUCUUUAAUGGUACACGCAAAAAAUACUUCUUUAUGGUAGAAGAAAGCAACGCUCCUUUACAGAUAUUCGUAACUCCAUGCGCAUCACCGGUCUCGUGGUCUAUAAAAAGGAAAGACUUGCUCACGGACGAAGACGAUGAUGAAACGACAGCAGCCGAUCCGUUUCUAGACCAUGCAUUUCAGACUCAGAUGAAGUCCAUUUCGUCUCCGACACUCGACACCUUUGAAGGAGGAGGUCGGAUGACGUACUUUAGCCCAAACAGCCCGCAAGGACUCUACACAAUAGAACUUGAGCCAACCAAAAGUGACACAAACGUCCGCAUCUUCGGAACGACCACCCCUGGUCUGUAUAAUCCAUUCCCAGAGCUGCCUUCAGACUCUAGAGUAAACGUGACUGCCUUGGGCAGGAAGUCGAUAUCAUUUGAGUGGAAGGGUAGCAAGGCGACGUCAAAGAAAAACGUCGAGUACUGUAUCUCUGUCAGCAGACUCCAGAGGUUCCAGUCGCACUGCGCCGUCCUUGCACACAGCCAAGGCGACGUGCCUCCCACGUUACCGCCCGAUUUUGGAUUUGGAUUCAAAUCCGAGAAACACCGUCAAAGAGAACUUCGACGAAAGUCUAAACCUAUUAAGGCUGUGAAGCCAAGUAAACUGUUUCACAAAUGUGUUGGUAGAAAAACUAGGUUUACUUUUAACCGUGCUAAACCGGGAAAAACUUACUUCAUUGACGUGUUCCUGGUGAACCGCAGGACAAACCAAGCUUCCUCAUACACGGGAACAACUGUUAAAACCAGCAGAAAGCGUAGACGCCCAUCAACCAGGAAACAGUUUUUGGAGGAUGGUAAGAGGAAACUGUUCCAGCUGAAGAAAGCACGUAAAGCUCAGGCAUUCGUUUUCAGUGUCAAAGAUGACAUGUCUUCUGUUGUCCUGGAGCUAAAGUCGUGUCGUGGGGUACUUCCCUUCGAAAUCGUGUCCAGCCACAUAAAAACUUUCAAGUCUGUGAUCAAAAGAACCAAAAUAGUGCGUAUGAAAAAUCUACCAGCCGGAAGGUACACAGUUCGGGUGAAGGGAAACAAGAGGAGACGGAGAUACGUGCAGAUCUACUAUACCACAAGACAGUUCAAAUACAGGAAGCCUCGGCUCCCGUCCGAUCCAAGCAUAAAGAUAUUCGAGAACUUGUCGACGUGUAACAGUGUGACAGUGGCCUGGAUGGGCUCUGACGUUAAGCAGAGAUACUGUUUAUACAAAAAGGAGGUUUCCGAGUUUAAGAGGAAAAACAGACGGAGGUGCUCCGACCCUGAGACUAGGAGCAGGAAGGAGAGGGUGGUGUGUGUUCGCUUCAGACACAGGGACAAAGACAAAGCCGUGAUCACGCACACGGUCAGGAAUCUCAGACCCAACACUGGGUACGUGUUCGACGUGUACGUCAGCAGGGGCCGCAGUGGAUAUCUGUCAUAUCGCAGUGCAUUCGUAAGGACGAAAUCUAAGUGUUGAAAGAUUGCACAGUGAUACUGUUCUGUUCUGUGAUGGUUCUAGUCCAGCUGUCAUGUUUGUGCUGCAAAGAACACAUUCAUAUACAUACAUACACACAAUGUAGUUCAGUUCACAGUGUUGCAAGAGGAAGAUACCACGUGCACUGUCUACAAAACAAAUUAAUAAAAAAAACCCAAAAACGUGUAUAUCGGCAGGAACUGAACCUACUACACCGAAUUACAUGGAAUUAAAUUUUGACAGUGUGCGACCUUAACCUUGCUAAAGGAGUAUAUCAGCAGAAAUCGAAUCUAAUAUACCGAUUCGUGUACAGCACUAAAGUUUGCCAGUUUGCGACCUUGACCUUUGUUAUAUAUCUAGGUUCCGUGAUCGACUCUUUUGUUCUUACUGAACAAUAGACGAAGGGUUGUCUGGUUGUUGAGGGGGUGGGUGGGGGUCAUGUUCGACGUGUUUAUCAGUUACUAACAAGGUAACGCUGAAGCAAGACAGAUAUGCAUAAUCUAUUUUGUAAUAUCUUUAAACUGAUGUAUUUUAUCUCAAGCAUAAUUGCUGUGCAACAAAACUUUGUGGGCGUGCGCCAUCUGGUUUCGCAGAGCAUAAAGGCAACUGUUAAUCUCGAGGAUGUUUGGUGUCUUGCUACUGAGAUGAAAGCGCGAAGUUACAUUGUGAUAUUCCGCUUAGAUACGAGCAGUUUAACCAAGUGAAAAGGGGUGCAUGGUCCAGUCGGUUAUUGCACUAGAGAUUACAGAAGCGGAUGGCUGAGAAUUAUGCUCCGUUGACACCAGCUUGUUACCUUCGAGAAGAAUCGCUCGAUCGACCGGCCUUCCGUAAUGCCGACGUCACGACUUUGGCGUAUCUCAUAUAUCUAAUUUUACAGGUUCUGUUUGUCAUUGCAGACAUUGAACUACAAAGUUACUACACUGUUUUGGCAUUGGUGUGAAUAUUAAGCUACCAAAUAAUUAAGACUCUUGUGUAUUACUGUACACAGUAAUCUGGCAGUGAACUUACAAAGCAAUUAAUCAGUUUUGGUUUUGGUGUGAAAUCAGAGCAUUUUGCUGUCGUUACUAAGCUACCAUGCAUGAAACACAUUUUUUUUUUUUCGACAUGGAGAACAGCAUACUAAAAAAAUAUUAAAUAGCUAAACAUUGGCACAGGUGUACGAAAAAUCAGAAUACGGCAAGUGAAAAGAACUGAAGGCAAAUCAAAAUUAUGGUGCCAACACAAAAAGAUCCAAGAUGGUAAUGCGACAAGUUGUAAUUAUUGUAAUAAAAACAAAACUGUAGAAUCGAAAUCUAGUAUAGAAAGUGAUGACUUAAAGCUGUCUUCAAGAGAAAAUGUGUUUUAGGUCGUAUUAAAGUUUGAAUGACAGUGUGCUGUUAAAUACAACUCAUAAAUGUGUGUUAUUCAAAGUUCGACAUGUCUUACUAACAAGACAAAGGAAAAGGUGUUCCAUAGCCGUGGAUCAGAAAACAGGUUUUUCACAAUUAUCACAGUUAGUGCACGGUUGAUUGAAUUGAAAAUGGCGAUGUGUGGAAGAGUGAUGCUGUUGCGCAACACACUUCUUUUGAUAAAGUGACAAAAGCAGGGAAACAGUGGAUCGCUCUUUGAUAUAGACGCAUUUUGGAAAAGCUGUAAAAUCUGGUGCAACAGUGACACCACCUCACUAAUAUAUUUCACCGUGGAUAUUGUAAUAUAUGACAAUUGUUGUAUGUUUUAUACCAAGAUGAAAAAAAAACCGGACUAGGUUAACGGCCUUGGUGUAUAUGUGAUAUUUUCAUACUGGCCCGAGCAGACGAUGUUUGUGUAUUUUUUAAUUUCUGGUGUUGGUAGACGGUGUGUUGGAGAUUGUUUUGAAUAUGGGAGGAGAGUGGAAUACAAUAUAUUUCGCACUAUGAAUGUCUUUCAGGCCUGAGGACUCUGUGUAUUGGUGUGCAUGGGUGCGCAUGCAGAAACGGGUGGAACAACGCACACCACGUACACAGAACAAAAUGACGACGGCGAUUGGUUUGACUGUGAUUCUCUUUUUUAUCUUGUGCUCGAAGAUUCGGGAGAACGCGAACGUGGGAAUUUGAUUAAGCUUUUCUUUCUUUCUUUUUUUAAUUUCCUCUACAUCUGGGAGAAAAAAAACACACAGUACCAAGCUUUACUGUUGUAAUUAGUUGUGUUGUGUGUUGCCAAUGUUUGUCCAAGUCAAAAUGUAUGUGGAUAACUUUUCUUUUUAUCACAAGCCGCUUUUCAUUCAUAGUUGCUGUAUAUAUAUAUAUAUAU